GCGAGCCCUGCCCGGGCAGGAGCGGACAGAGGGGGCAAAGAAAGAAACUUUCUCCCCAGAUCACUUCGUCCCAAUUAGCAAAGAGGGGACGAAGCCCGGCAGCACCCCGGCCCCACGGCCCGGGCCCGACUCUGCCAGGAACUUCCCGAAGAGCCCAGAAAAGAGCACAGAGCAGCAGCUCCCAGAUGGAAAAGGCGACGAUGCUGACCAGGUUGCCACCACGGGGGCUGUGGCACCGAGUGGGACACGAGGAGCAUCUCCCGGGGGCACCGGCGAGGAGCAGGCGGGUGGCCACAGACUGGGAAUGCACAAGGUCCUGUCGGUGGAUGUGACACUUGUCCCGAGAGACCCCCAGGCUCCCGGCCAGUUUGGGCACCCUGUUUCAGUCCCUGAUGAUAAAAAAGAAGAAGCAAAAAGUAGAUGGAAAGAAGGAAACUUUAACGUCUACCUCAGCGAUUUGAUCCCCGUCGACCGAGCCAUAGCAGACACCAGGCCUGCCGGGUGCUCUGAGCAGCAGGUCCACGACGAGCUCCCAACCACCACCAUCAUCAUGUGCUUUGUGGAUGAAGUCUGGUCCACCCUCCUGCGCUCCGUCCACAGCGUCCUGGGCAGAUCUCCUCCCCACCUGAUUGAAGAAGUCAUUUUGGUGGAUGACUUUAGCACCAAAGAGUACCUGAAGGAGCCUCUGGACAGGUACAUGUCCCAGUUCCCAAAGGUGAAGAUCCUCCGUCUGCAGGAGCGGCACGGCCUGAUCCGCGCCCGCCUGGCAGGAGCAGAGAUGGCCAAAGGUGCUGUCCUGACCUUCCUGGACUCACACGUGGAGUGCAACGUGGGCUGGCUGGAGCCGCUGCUGGAGAGGAUCCUCCUGAGCCGCACCAAGGUCGCCUGCCCCGUCAUCGAGGUCAUCAGUGACAAGGACAUGAGUUACAUGACCGUGGACAACUUUCAGCGUGGGAUUUUUACUUGGCCAAUGAAUUUUGGAUGGAGGCAGAUUCCACAGGAGGUCAUCAAGAAAAAUAAAAUCAAGGAAACCGAUAUAAUAAGGUGCCCAGUCAUGGCUGGUGGCCUCUUUUCCAUUGACAAGAAGUAUUUUUUUGAGCUGGGAACAUAUGACCCAGGACUGGAUGUUUGGGGAGGUGAAAAUAUGGAGCUUUCAUUCAAGGUCUGGAUGUGUGGAGGAGAGGUGGAGAUCAUCCCAUGCUCCAGAGUCGGGCACAUUUUCAGGAAUGACAAUCCCUACUCCUUCCCGAGAGAUCGGGUGAGGACAGUGGAGAGGAACCUGGCCCGUGUUGCAGAGGUCUGGCUGGAUGAGUACAAGGAGCUCUUCUAUGGCCAUGCCUACCACCUAGUCCUGAAGAACCUGGACGUGGGUGACCUGACUCAGCAAAUCCAACUGCGGGAGAAGCUUCAGUGCAAGAACUUCAAGUGGUACCUGGAGAAUGUCUACCCAGACCUGGAAGCACCCCUGGUGAAAGCCAGUGGGCUGCUGGUGAACACAGCCACGUCCAGAUGCAUCACUGUGGAGAACAGCACCCUAGCUCUGGAGGCCUGUGAUGACAGCAAGGAGCACCAGCAGUUCAACUACACCUGGCUGAGGCUGGUCCAGCACGGAGAGCUCUGCCUGGACCCCAAUGGUCCCCACGGAGCCCCAGGCCUGAGCCACUGCCUGGGAUGGGGACAUGGACAGACCUGGCUGCACCGGUCCCUGGCUGCCCCCCAGACCCAGCUGAGCCACCACCUCAUCUCCCAGCAUCUCCAGCAGCCAGCGUGCUUGGAAGUGGAUCCCUCACACAAAGCCCUGAGGGUAAAUGCCUGCCACUCGGGGAAUCCUUAUCAAAAGUGGCAGUUUGGCAAUUACUAUGCAGACUGAGCAGAAACGCUGUGUUUUCAUCUUGUGGAUCCAGCGAGGGCAUCUGUGUGACUUGUGGCAGCGAUCACAGAACUGGAAGUUCAUUUCCAAAGGGUAACUGAAAUCCAUCAUUUAAACCACACAUUGAGUGCUCAGAAUACCAAGAGCAGCACAACUGGUGGAGCAGCACCUGGACCAGACCAGCCUGCUUCUCCCUCACUGGGGGAGACUUUGGCAAAAACUCAGCUGGUUUUCUGCAUUAUUAAAUGGAAAUAUUUUCUGAA